CUUUACACUGCUGACUGCUAACCACUGCUCGCCACAAAACAUUAUCUGACCCAAUCAUUACGGACGAUUGUUAACGCUGUUGUUAUUACAUCUUGAUCUUUACGGAUUUCUAAUAUAUUGAGGAUGAGUGACGAUGAUCGUGACAUCGAUAUCGAGAGCGAUGAUGGCGACGAUUCGGAUUCAAGACUGAGGCACUCCAACAACACGCAAUACUACUCUCAGGCAGAGAAAAGAGCGCAUCAUAAUGCUUUGGAGCGCAAGCGACGGGACCACAUCAAAGACAGUUUUUCCAGUCUCAGAGAUUGUGUACCAUCCCUGCAGGGGGAAAAAGUUGCAAGCAGAGCACAAAUCCUAAAAAAAGCAGCCGAGUACAUUCAAUUUAUGCGGCGUAAAAAUACAUCCCAUCAGCAAGACAUUGAUGACCUCAAGAGACAGAAUACUCUCUUAGAGUCUCAAAUUCGUUCGUUAGAAAAAGCCUCGCUUACUGGCUACACAGAAACCUGUGAGGUGACCAAGUCUGAAUCAGUGGGCAUAAGUGGGUACAACGACACAGAAUCCGAGUCCUCUGACAGUGAGACUGGUCAAGCAAUUCGACAACCAAAAAAGUUAAAAGUAGCCAGCCUGCAUCAUUGACACUCCGUACUUUCCUAUCUCUUGAUACUUUAUUUUCAUAUGAUCCGUCUUUCGAGAUAUUUGUAAGUGAUAAAUUGCGUGUGUAUUGUGCGAUCAUGCGUAGUUAGGUACUUAUUUAAGUAAAUCAUUAGUGAUGUUCUAUAGCAUAUUUGUAACAUAGCGACACUUGAAAAGUGAGACAUGUUCAAGAACAUGGCGAGUACUGCUAUCUUGUAAUACUUGUGUUUACAACUUAAUGUAUAUAAAUACACGUUAAGCAUAUAAUACUGUAUUAUUAAUAUAAAUUAUAUCCGUUGGUGAUUUUGGGAUAUCACAAAUAUAGUCUCUAUCUUCAAUUUCGCGAGCAGUCCGUCUAUGAAUAAUUAUCAACAGUUAUGUAGCAAUGUUUGAACUUUUGUAUCAUAAUUUCAAUAUCGCAUGUCUCACUAUUUAUGUUUGAUACUCUCUCUCUCUCUCUCUCUCUUUCUCUCUCGGGAAUCGCUUUCCGAAUUGAUUGUUGCAAUUGACUAUAUCAAAUUGUAAAUAUAUUAAUACAGUCCACUAUCAUGUAAUUAUA